GAGGCAGAAAUGGCACGGCGGGAGUCUCGGUGAGGAACGGGCGAGGGUGAAGCCCUCGCAGGAAAAGGGAGCUAUGGUGAAAAGCUUGGGUUUCUUCGCCAGAAGGGCGCCACCUGCUGUCCACCUUUUCGUCGUUUUGCUCGCGCUCGCCCCCGCUUACCACGGCGUGGACCUCUCCCAAUGCAUCGCGCCGCUCGGCAUGGAGUCCGGGGCGAUCCCGGACGCGGAUAUCAACGCCAGUUCCAGUUUCGACACCGGAAACGUCGGUCCCCACCUGGCACGAUUGAAAUCGGAGGAUCUUGGUGGCGCCUGGUGUCCUAAGAAUCAAAUCACCCAGGAAGCUCGAGAAUGGCUGGAGAUCGACCUUCAUACUAUCCACUUGAUCACGGCUACCGGUACCCAGGGUCGUUUCGGAAACGGCAUGGGUGUUGAAUUCGCAGAGGCGUAUCUGCUGGAGUACUGGAGGCCGCGACUGGGCAAAUGGGUUCGAUAUAGAGACAUCAAAGGAAAGGAGGUAAUACAGGGUAACACGAAUACGUAUUUGGAAUCCAAGCACGAGCUGGAGCCGCCUCUGUGGGCGAGCAAGAUCCGUUUUCUGCCCUACAGCUAUCACAAGCGGACGGUUUGCAUGCGGGUCGAGCUCUACGGGUGUUACUGGAGCGACGGCGUGGUGUCCUACUCGAUGCCCCAAGGCGAUAAAAGGGGCAACGGAUGGGAAUUCUUCGACGCGACCUACGACGGACACUGGGAUGGCGAGUUGCGUCGUGGUUUGGGUCAACUGACAGACGGUAGAACGGGGCCUAAUAACUUCAAAAUGUAUUACGAUAAUGAUCGCGCCCAGGGCUGGGUAGGCUGGAGGAACGACAGCCGCGGUCAACCGGUCGAGAUCAAGUUCGAAUUCGACAAAGUCAGGGAAUUCUCCGCCGUCCAUAUCUACUGCAAUAACGAAUUCACCCGAGGCGUCCAGGUGUUUUCACAAGUUGACAUACUCUUCAGUAUUGGCGGGAAAUAUUACACAGGCGAACCCAUCACUUACACCUACAUGGAGGAUAAAAUUUUCGAGACUUCUCGAAACAUUACGAUCAAGCUUCAUCACCGAGUUGGAAAAUUCGUUAAGCUGAGACUGUAUUUCUCAGAUCGAUGGAUCAUGGUCAGCGAAGUAACCUUCGAUUCUGAUAUAGCCCACGGCAAUUUCACGCCCGAGGAAGCGCCGACAACCGAAUCACCUAUCCAGAGUGACGUCUUCGUUGAGAAGAACGGCGCCGCCGAGGACGAGCUUCCGGUUUCGACGGCGAAACACGACGACCCCACGUACAUGGCGGUCGUGAUCGGCGUGCUGACCGCCGUAAUACUUUCACUCGCCGUGGCGAUAUUUCUGAUUGUCUCGCGACACAGGCAACGUAAGUGCUUCGCCAGCCCUAUGACCGGUAAAGCCUCUUCGCAUCUAGGAUCCACCUGCGCCACCGUCGAGAAAGGCGCGGCUUUGAUGGCGUAUACCUUGGAGGACGAUGAAAGAUACGCGGGCGGUUCUCUGCCGACUCUGCCGCGCGACCUCGGGAAUCGUCUCCUGGACAUCGUGAAGUUGGAUGACUACCAAGAGCCAUAUCAGGCGCUAAAGUACGCGCCGUACUACAGCUACAGCACCGUCGUUAUGGAGAUGAAAGACAUGAUGCUGAACAACAAGGGCACCAACAUCAAUCACUCAGGUAUGCGACGCUCGCAUCUACACCUACAUCUGUACAGCAUCUAUGUAUAUUCGCAACUACUCGUACACGUGCAAACGCACGCACGUGCGCGCGCGCGCGCCCACUCGCCGACUCAACAGGAGGUGCUCUCGGCCCUGAAGAGACGUCUGGAGCAGACGAGCGUACCGCUCUUCCCACGGCAUCGCCUUCGCAUGCUCUCCAAGCUCGCCGAAGGCGCCUUCGGAACGGUAUACGUGGCGGAAGCUGAAGGGAUUCCGGAAUAUGGAACGACGACUACCCUCGGCAAGCGACUCGUCGCCGUCAAGUUUUUACUGCCGGAAGCCAGCGAGAAGGAAAAGUUGGACUUCCAAAGAGACGUGAGGAUUCUAGCUGCUCUGGAAGAUCGCAAUAUCGCACGAGUCUUGGGCGCCUGUUACCGCGAGGAACCAUAUUGCGUGGUGAUGGAAUAUCUAGAACACGGGGAUCUCUGUCAGUUUCUCAAGACGCAUAUCACUGCCGAGGACGCGCAUUCCAUGCCGAUUGGCGUCAAGACUCUCAGUUUCAACUGUCUCAUCUACAUGGCGGCGCAGAUCGCGUCGGGCAUGCGGUAUCUGGAGAACCUGAACUUCGUUCAUCGAGAUCUGGCUACCAGAAAUUGUCUGGUCGGUAAGGCUUAUCAUAUCAAAAUCUCGGACUUCGGCACCGACAACGAGCUGUACGCCUGCGAUUAUUACAAGGUCGACGGAACCAUGCCGUUGCCGGUACGAUGGAUGGCUUGGGAGUCAAUAUUUCUGGGAAAGUACACGACCAAGAGCGACGUGUGGGCUUUCGCGGUUACCCUCUGGGAGAUCUUGAAUCUCGGCAGACGUGUCCCCUACGAGCACCUGUCCGACGAGGAGGUGGUGCAGAGCCUGCGGCAACUGCAUCACGCCGCCGACUGCGGCAACGCUAAUGCCGAGGACAGUUGCAAGGAGGAUUCCAGAAAUGGUUUCGAUUACCUGCCGCGGCCCACCGCCUCGUCCAAGGACAUCUACGAUCUGAUGCUCGAGUGCUGGCAACGAGAGGAGACCGAGAGACCGACUUUCCGUGAAAUAUCACUCUUUCUGCAGCGGAAAAAUCUUGGAUACGCUCCAACAUCCUGAUAUUGAGCCCCGAAUUUCGGUGAGCGCGACGUUCUUAAUAGUCAUACCGCGAAUCAGAACGGGCUCGUUUCUGAAACGGAGCGACGAACAUGCAAUGACGGUCAACGUUCUCAUCCGAGGAACCGCAAGGAAUAAUGAUCGAAGUGAGAGGGAGGAAAAUUAUGGCUGAUGAGAGAAAAAAAGGAAAGGAUGACGGGAGAACAAUUAUAUAUCGCGACAUCGAAAUGAUAAGUACAACGAUGGAACUUUAUUGUCCGUCAACGAGACGCGAGACUUGGGAGUUACUUGGGAAUCGAUCGUCCUUCAAUUUCGUCUCAAUUCACGCAUACCUUCUUCGGACAACGAGUAUUAGCGGACAGGAGAUAAAAUUAGAAUAGAUAGAAGAGUUAAGUGCGGGUCGAAUUUUUAAGGACUUCACGAGAUUUAUCGUACGAAAUAGUUUGAGGUGUACCGCGAAUACCACUGAUCUCUGCAGAAUUCUCGAUUGCACGAGCAUAUGUCGCUUUAAGGCACGAGAACACGGUGUCGGAUCACGACACGAAUAUCGUAAGUAAGGAAUCUAUACCGGGAUUAGGCGUAGGACUCCCUCUUCGAAUGUAAGAAAAGACGAGGACGUACGCGAAUCCGUGAAUACGACAAUCGGACGAGGGCGGGAUAAGAACUUGCCCGUCGUGGAUAGCCGCUCUGCGGGGAAUAUCCGACAAAUAUUUCAAGGGGAUAUUCGAUCGUUUGUGAAACUGAGGAGGAUUCUCUCUCGCAAUUGUCGAGAACUUUAGUAGCAAUACCAUGUAAUACAGCUGUGAACAUUCCUGCACGAAUGAGGGGUAUCUAUACUGCGCAAUUAGGCAAUUACGCAAAUAGGAAGAAUCGUUACUUAAGGAGAAUAUUAAUUAAGGUUCCCUCGGGAUUAUAUCAUUUUGAUUAAGGGU